CAACAUCAACAACAGCCACGUUUGUUUACGUGCUGCACCUCUGAUCCGGUUCGGGCCUCCUCUGGUUCGUUGGGCUCACAGAGCAGACUGGUGUGGGAGAUUCUUGGGGACCAUCAUGGCGGACGGUCCGGACGCAGAUGUGGACGAGCCGCCCAGCAACAUCAUCUUCCUCCCGCUCAUCACGGUGUCCCAUCUGCCCGGUGCCACCAACGCAGGUCGGAACCUGAAGGAAUGGUUCCAGGAGCAGUUCUGUGACAAACCUCAGGAGCAGGACGACAUGCGGCUCCACAACGCAGCUUACGUGGGGGACAUGGACACGCUGAGGAACCUGCUGCAGGAGGACAGCUUCAGACGGCGUAUUAAUGAGAAGUCGGUGUGGUGCUGCGGCUGUCUGCCCUGCACGCCGCUGCGGAUCGCGGCCACUGCCGGGCACGCUGCCUGCGUGGCCUACCUGAUCGCCCAGGGAGCCGACGUGGACCUGGUGGACGUCAAAGGUCAGACGGCUCUGUACGUGGCGGGGGUCAACGGUCACCUGGACUGCGUUCGGAUCCUCCUGGAAGCCGGAGCCGACCCCAACGGGAGCCGGCACCACCGCAGCACCCCGCUGUACCACGCGGCGAGGGUGGGGCGGGUGGACAUCCUGCAGGAGCUCAUCAGGUUCAACGCUGACGUUGACAUUGACCACCAGCUGGGUCCCCGGCUCCUCCUGAGCGCCCGCACCCUGAACACCCUGGUGGUGUGUCCCCUCUACAUCAGCGCGGCGUACCACCACCUGGAGUGUUUCCYGCUGCUGCUCAGCGCCGGCGCUCAGCCCGACUUCAACUACACCGGGCCCGUCUGCCAGGAAGCCCUGACCCGCGGCCUUGCCUCCUGCCUGCUGGACGCGGUGCUGCGACACGGGUGCGAGGCGGCUUUCGUGCACCUGCUGCUGGACCACGGCGCCGACACGGCACURGUGCCCUGGGACAAGUCCGAGCUCGAGGCGCGGAACCGGAGGAAGGUGGAUCCAGAGGCACUCAGGGUCUUCCUGGAAGCGAAGAGAAACCCUCGUCGGCUGACGCACAUGUGUCGCAUCAGGAUCCGCAGAGCUCUGGGCAAACACCGCCUGAAUUACGUGGCUACGUUACCGCUACCACAACCUAUAAAGAACUUCCUGCUUCACCAGAACUGAGCACCGUCCACCUCACGGUCUUGUGAAGUGCUCAUCCAAACUGGUGUUUGGGUGGGGGGAGCUCUCUGUGAGUCCCAAAGACAAGUUUCUGAUCCGUUCUUCAUGAUAAUAAAUCAUUUUAUUUUUUCAUGAAUGUUUGCACUUUAGCAGUUGUCUCAUCUUUGUGUCAGGAUUAUUUGAAUUAAUUCUGGAGGGAUCAUAAAAGUCUUGGUCAUGUC